AUGGAAGACUGCUUACAUACAAAGCUCACGCUUACCAACUCUGUGUCAGCUUUGGGUGUGUCCGUCCUUUAUAUUCGCGGGAAGACACACUCAGACGCGAGAGACGUUGUCACGCAAGCCGCCAGAGUAGCAUCAACUAUUUGGCCUAUUGCAUUCGCGGCGGUUAUUGGACCGAUGAUUCAAGUCUUUGCUUUAGAUAAAGCAGAACGUGGCACAAGCCUUGGGAUGCUGGAGAUGCUAAUGGGCAGCCAAACGCUGGUUAGCACGAUCAAAAGCUGCUACAGCCUUAGGCUAUGGGGCCUUUGGGCAGUUUUGUUGAUUGCCUUGUGGACACUAAGCCCCGUUGGGGGUCAAGCUAUACUACGAUCCAUAUCACUCGAAAGGUCCGUGGAAAAGACAAAUCAUGCCCUGAUUUACCAUCCGGUUAACAACAUUACUUCGUUUUCCCAAUCCCCCUGGGUAGGACCUUCAGGCACAAACUCUCUGUUUGGUCAAGUACGUGCAUUGUUUGGAACGGCUCUUUCGUCAUUUAGCUCACUUCCAUUAUUCUCGAAUGGGUCAGAUCCUGAUUUCGAAAAUACCAUUGCACAGCUCGGCGGUAAAGCGGAAACAAUAAAGGCCAUACAAACCGACGUAUGGGGAAACGUUAGAAUACCCUUUCUCCAACUCCUCCCAGGAUACAACAGAAGUGAUCUUUACCAGUGGGUGAAUGUGCCUACGGAAGAGGUGCCACCAUAUGAGUCUCUUAUAGGUGUUCCCAUUCGCGGACUACCUAUGGGUGUAGUUGGAAACAUGACUUUACAAUUGUCUACAUUCUACACUGCAUUCAAAUGCACAUCCUGGACGAAUAUGACCACAUGGCUCAAAUCAAACCACGAUACACGUUUCCGACGUAGCACCAGAUCGGAAAAACAGAAACGUUUCAACAUAACCAGUCCUCAGCAAAUUGUCAGCAUCUUUAUGGACGUAGUGAAGAGCGAAGCAACAACAAACACUAAUCAUGGCGCCUUGAGUGUAUACAACACACUUGUUUUCGGCACAAGUUAUGACGAACUUACAACCUGUACUGGUAGCAAUACCUAUGUCGAUACCGAUAUCUUCUGUAGCAGAGCAGUGAGCACGGGGCCCAUCUCUUGCACUUCCAAGAGAGUCCGUCAUUCAAAAGACCUGCCAAUCGCAUCCGACAACACUGUUUUAACCACUGUGGGCCCAAACAGGGGCAUAUUUGCCGAAACAAUACCCUGGCUAGCGCCGUCUUACCAUCCAGUAGCCCUAGGCCUAUUAGAAAAAUACCUUGUCAACCCUUCAGCAUCCCGGAGGCAAUUUAUGUGGUGGGAUGAAGGCAAUUACAGCACACUACCCAUGGAGGUUUUUCAAGCACGACUAGGUCUCAUCUUCAACACUGUCGUUAGGCUUUCCAUGAACACCUCCAUAACAACGGGUAAUGGUGGGCUUGAAAUGUCGACAGACAGAACCGCUUUCGGUGAGCAGACAUUUGCCAAUACGACAGGCGAAUGGUCUUACUACUCCGAGCCACACUACAAGCUUCACCGCCGCUGGUUCGCGCUCUACGCCAUUGCUACUAGCCUCAUGACACUCUGCGCGCUCUACACCAUCUACCUCAAAAGCCGCAUUCGGGCACCAGAUUUCCUCGGAAACAUCUCAGCCUUGACCAGAGACUCUGCCUGCAUCGACGUUCCAGAAGGCGGUACCGGAGACGACGGUGUUACCAGAGCCAAGCUCUUGAAGGACAAGUGGGUCAGGAUCCAGGACGUGCAGCCCGAUGAAGCGGUUGGGAAGAUUGCGUUCAGUGAUACUGAGUUUGCUGGGAGUGGAGGAAGGUUGGACUGGGACCGGCUGUAUCGGUAGUUUGGUGAAAUUGCUGUUGGAGCUCUGCGAGCGAGCGGUAACGGGGU